AUGGCAGGUGCAUAUACCAUCUUUGGAAGGACAGUACAGUCACAUACGUUAGCAAUUGCAACGCUAACUACUGCUGGUGCAGUAGCAUACUAUUUGAGUAGGAAUUCUUCAAAUUCAAAAAAAGGAAAUAAUCAGGUACCUAUGACAUCUGGGUCCACAGAUAGAAAAGAUGAGAUUGAUGUAGAGAAAGUGAUAAACAACUUCCUGAAGGAUCAAGAUAAUGAAAAACCAAGGUGA